UCCAUUUACCACUUAGUAAUGGACAUGUAAUUUUUGAAACAUGCAUGCUGCUAGUUUUAGUUUUACUAUAUUUCGAAAUACCUACUUAACUAAAUUGUUGGUAUAAAUUGGCUUGUGGUGAAGGUUAAUAACUUAUGUACUAAAUGUUAUUUUUCUCAAUUUCACUGUCAUAAAUUUUAUCAAUCAUCACAAUAGCAUAAUAUAGUGCUGCCUCCUUAAAUUACCAGGGUUAUAUUUGUGUUAGUGUGACUGUGUGAGUCACUAUACGCCAUUUCCUUGUGUUUAUUAAUACGUGUGUGAGCGUUCACCGUUGCUCUAUUCGUGACCUCGUUAAAGGAAGGACAAAGAUAUCUUGCCGUUCUAGAAGGCUGACGUCAUUCAUUCGUGGCGAGAGCGUAGCGCAUACCUACCCAGACAUUGUGAAAUGUGAACGGCCACUCAUUGCUUGCAUAUCUACUCGAUUAUAAUAACUUACUUGAAAGUUGUGGCCAAGAACAAUUAGUCUACUGUAUUCUGCCAUACACGUUCAAUUAAUUUUAUAACAAUUAAGUGACAUUUUUUUGGAGAUAAUUCCCAAUGACAAUUGAUUCGUCGAUUAUUAGUGAUACGUGGAAAAUGGCGGAGCCAGCAUCAAAUAUCGACUUGGAAGAUGGGGAAAUCGAGAGUGAUGGUGAAACAACGGAAUCCGCGCCAGCAGAGAAGAACGAGGAGGUGGCUGACAAAGAAGAAGAAAACCCUCAAGACGAAAACGAAACUCAAAAUUAUUAUUAUUCAAAAUCAGGUAAAAGGAAAAAGUCUAAGUCAAGUAAAAGUGAACAAAAAUAUAAAGAUAAAAGUAAGAAAUCGCGUAAGUAUACAAAUCCGUUAGAAGAUGAUUUUGCUGGAAACAUAGAAAAGGCUAUUAGGAAAGCUAUGAAUAAAAAUGACGAUAGCGAUGCUCAUGAAGACGAGGUUGAAGAACGUCGAAAACAUAAGAAAAGAAAGAAAUACGAAGGUAAGGAUGGGCCUAGCAAAAAACGAAAGAAACAAGAAUAUUCUGAAGAAAUGGAUGAAAAUGAGAUGAUGUGCGUGCGUGGCGCCUCUCCGGUGAACAAACAAUCGCAAGAUAUUGUAUUUCCAGAAGACGAUCGGGAUUCUUAUGCCUCCGAUAGUAGUCAAGAUUCAAGGGGUCAUCAACAGCGUUCUCAAAGGCACAGGCCGCCGCAGAGAGAUAGAAAUAAAAAUAAAAAUGAACGGCGAAGAGGAAAUCAUAACAUGCAAGACUCGGAAGGUGUAUGUUUAUACUAUAUGCAAGGAAAAUGUCAUAAAGGUGAUGAUUGUAUCUAUUCACAUGAUGCACAACCACCUCGCAAGAUGGAAUUAUGUAAAUUUUACUUAAUGGAUUGUUGUGCAAAGAGGGAUAAAUGUUUGUACAUGCAUGCUGAUUUUCCUUGUAAAUAUUAUCACACUGGUCUUCCGUGUAUAUAUAAAGAUGACUGUAAAUUUGCACACGGGAAACCCUUAAAUGAUGGUUUAAAAAAUAUACUACUAAAACAUAUCGAAUCAGCUCCUAAAGAGAUUUUAGGAGAUUUUCCUAGGUUAAACCGUGAAGAUGCUAUGAAAAUGAUACAAACAACUCAAUUAAGGUUAAAACAACAAUACCCGGAGGAUUCUGAAAUUCAGGAGAAAAACAUACCUUCUCUGUUCGAGUUAAAUAUACCUAAUCCACAAAAUAAUUCUGAUAUGUUAUCCAACAACUACAACGACCGACAAAAAAUUUCACCGAAAAUUCGGCAGUCGAGGUGGCAAAACGACAAUAAUAGUAAUCAAUGCGCAAUUGCUAGUUUAUCACCGAAUAGUAACACAAAUAUGUCGACUGUAUUAAGUAUAAAAAACUUAACAGGGGUUUUAACACCACGACAGAUUUCAGAUCUAACAAAAUUGGGUAUAGAAAAUUUGGAUCAGUUAGGACAAUUAACAGUAUUACAGUUAAAUAGCAUUGGUAUAUCUUUAAAACAAAUAACGGAAAUCCAAUUAAACACCAUGAGUAUACAAAAAUUAGGUUUAAUCAAUAAUAUGGAACAACAGUCACAAUUUACAGGAAAUAAUGCAGGUGCUAAAGAUUUAGAUUUACGUGUUCCACCCACAGCCCCAGUCUCAAAUAAUAUGACUUUGCCAACGGAUUUUCCUGGCCAAGAUGUCGAUAUGCGUUUUCAACCCUCUAUGGCGGCGACAGCGAGUGAUGAAUCUUUUAAAAAUAAUACAAUGAAACAAGAAAUACAGCCUUCCAAGGAUAUGAUUGAUAUCGAUCAAUAUACAAAAGAUGCAUUAAAGUUUGCUUCAAAAGAUAAAGAAAAUAUAGAUAUAUCGAAUGACACAUUUGAUACUGAUAAACCUGUUUCUUCCAAUGAAAUAAAGGAUGUAGACCAUAGAGUGCUUCCUUUCACUGAUGGUGAUUCAAGGAUUCAAAACACGGAGCGACAGCCAGUUCAAUCAGAAGGUGAUACAGACAUCCGCUUUCUCCCGCCAGAUCCCUUUUUCAAGAGUCCUGCAAAACGAAAUCGUCGUUCCACAACCGACGACGACGAAGAAAAUAAUUUAUUAAUUGAUGAAAAGUGGUAUUCCAGCGACGAAGAAAAAGGUUCAAAAAAAAAAUCUCCGUGUGCGUCUCCACAAAAAGGUUUCAUGUCUCCUCCAGCCCCAGCUCCGGCACCUCAUGUAAUAGAACCUUCGACUGUAUUGAGUAAACUAGGGGAUUUAUCUAAAAUAGAUAUAAGUGAAGAAGUAACUAAAUUAUUAAACACAAUGAAGAACAAUUUGCAAGAAAAUACCCCAAGUAACAACGAGAAUGUUUAUUCAAGUCCUACGAUUUCACGUGAUCCUAGAUCUCGUAAAUCACCAGAAAAAAUUGUUGAGACACCAAAAACAACAAAGAAAAAACCCAAUCGAAUUUCUAUAUAUGAAUGUGUUGAUGGAGAACCUACGGAUGGCCGUCGAAGGACAGAUGUAGACCUUCGGCAGCCUGACUUCAAACCUACCUUUGGUGAUACUGAUUUAAGGCAGAGCGCAAGUGGAGAUAUAGACUUACGCCUCGGUCUACCAUUUAAGCCGUUGCCUAAUUACACGCCUGCAUCAGAAAUAAAUGGUUCAAUUAAUAGCCAUCCUCCUAUUCCAUAUAAAUUAGUGCCUAUAGAUAUACCUAGACCAGAUUAUACUGAUAUUAAAAAUAGUACUGCAAAAUCGCAAGCUCUCGUAGAUCCUAGGUUAAGAAAAGUAUUCCGUCUUUCAGUAGAUGAAUCAAAUAGUGAUAGUGAAAAAUCUUCUGCCAAGACUACUACAGCUGCAAGUUCUGGACCACGUGUUGAUCCUCGAAGGAAACCUAAAGAACCCACAGACAGCAGUGUUAUUGAACAAAAACCAAACGCGUUAGAGAUACAAUCGAUAUUACAAAAUUCUAACUGGUACAAAGAAUUAAGUACAACUCAAAAAAUAUUUGUUAACCAACACUUGGCCCCGGUGACUCAAAUGAUAAAGCAAUACCAUCAAGAUAAGACGCCUGGAAAAAAGUUUGAUCAUAAUGCAAUUCAAAGUAAUUCCGUACUUUGUAGUAUAUUUACGAAUUUAGGUGUUUCUUUAUCUGAAAGUGGUGAAUUUUCUUAUUUACCAAAACCCAAGGAAGCUUUGUUAAAAACACCGCUUAAUUUCAAUCAAAAUUCGAAUCCAUUCGGCAAUAACAUGAAUGGUCCACCAGGAGGAAUGGAACCGAACAUGAAUAUGAUCAAUGUCGCUUCCAUGAAUAUGGGCGGUGGCAUGAAUAAUAUGAACGUCGGUCAUUUACAUGGCUUCAAUCAAUCAAUGGCAGAUCCACGCAACGGCCCAACACCGGGCUUACUAGGAAUAGCUCCAAAUAUUCCACAUGGCUUUAAUAGUAAUAAAUUUGGUCCUCCAAAUAAUUUCGGCAACAUGGGAUACAACGGUCCAGGGAAUGAAUUCAACUUUAUGGAAGAACAAAAUUUCCCGAGAUUUCCAAAUAGGGGCGGGCAUCGCGGUCGCGGCAAUGACAGGUGGAAUCGUGGUGGCUCUAACCGAGGACAAAGAGACAGGAAAAACUUCAAUGAUCGUGGUAAUUGGAAGAAAUAAAUAAUAUACGUUUUAUAUCAAAGUAUAAUAAUAUGUAAAUAAAUUAGACUCAUGAGAUAGUUUUAGUAGCUUUCCUUCCACAUGUUACAAAAUGUGAUCAAGGUGAUACAUAAUUAAUUAAUAGGGACUCCAGACUCCUAUAGGCAGUCUUUUUAUAAUUUAUACAAUGUUCUUAUUACUAUAUUAUAUGAUUAAGAAUUUAUAUUUUAUGUACAAGCCGAAAUGUAAAUAAUAUUUUGUUAUAUAAGAGAUACGAGUAUGAAAGCAUAAUCAGAGACAAGCAAAAUGUAUUAGUGUGAGGUGUUACACAAUAGGUUCAUUUAAAAGUACUCAUUUUACGAGCCAAAUGUUUAAAGACUGAGUGCGGGUUUAUGAUUGAGUUUGUUUUUGUAUGUCUGUAUUUAUAUUUCUAUUUGAUUUAGGUUAUGGGAUAUUACAUGAUUAACACAUUUUAACAUAAACGAGCGGUGAUGCUAGGUAUGCGAAGUUAUUGAUAUCGACAAUGUACCUAAAUCUGUCUUAAUAUGUAAACGAAAGCAAUAAACGCAAAUUGUAUGUUAUAGUCUAGAAGACCAUAGUCUAAAAUCAUUUUUAUAAGAGUAAGAAUCAUAUUUAGUUUUGUGAAUUAAAGCUGUGUAACUGAAAGCCCAUUGGACUUUAAAUAAAUAUAUUUAUAUUUA